AUGCUCUCAGCUGUGCUCAGCCCAGCCGUGCGCGGGACAGAGAAGCUGCAGGCCAGGACAAAGCUGGUAGAGGACAGUGGGAUGGCUGUGCCCGGCGCGCCACGCUUCCUCCUGACCUUCGACUUAGACGAGAGUAUCGUGGACGAAAACAGCGACGACUCCGUCGUGCGUGCCGCGGCGGGCCAGCGGCUGCCUGAGAGCCUGCGUGCCACCUAGCGCGAGGGCUUCUACAACGAAUACAUGCAGCGCGUCUUCCAGUACCUGGGCGAGCAGGGCGUGCGGCCGCGGGACCUGCGCGCCAUCUACGAGGCCAUCCCCCUGUCGCGCGGCACGGGCGGGCUGCUGCAGUUUGUGGCCAAGCAGGGUGCCUGCUUUGAGGUUAUUCUCAUCUCAGACGCCAACACAUUUGGCGUGGAGAGUGCGCUGCGCGCCGCCGGCCACCACGGCCUGUUCUGCCGCAUCUUCAGCAACCCGUCGGGGCCCGACCCUUGGGGGCUGCUGGCGCUGCAGCCCUUCCACGCACACAGCUGCGCUCGCUGCCCCGCCAACAUGUGCCAGCACAAGGUGCUCAGCGACUAUCUGCGCGAGCAGGCCCACGACGGCGUGCCCUUCGAGCGCCUUUUCUACGUGAGCGACGGCGCCAACAACUUCUGCCCCAUGGGGCUGCUGGCAGGCGGCGACGUGGCCUUCCCGCGCCGCCACUACCCCAUGCACCGCCUUAUGCAGGAAGCGCAGAAGGCCGAGCCCAGCUCCUUCCGCUCCAGGGUGGUGCCCUGGGAAACCUCCACCGAAGUGCGCCUACACCUGCAUCAGGUGCUGAGGAUGUGGCCUGCGGGGGCCACCCGGGCGGGGAGGGGGGGCCCGCGCCCCGGGGCAUCGCUAGCUGCCUCUCAGGAGAGGAGACGCCCGCCCCCCGGCGUCCGUGCCUGGAGCGCCGAGAUCGUGCUGCGCCGCGCAGACGCGGCGCCGGCGGGGCGGGUCUUGCUAGGCAUUGGGUGCGGGUCACCUGAGCGCGGCGGCGGUCUGCGCGCCUCUCCCGGAGGAGAAUGUCCUGCAAGUGGGCGUUCCGGCGCCCGUGCCUGGAGCGCCGUGAUUGUGCUGUGCCGCGCGGACGCGGCGCCGCCGGGGCGGGUCUUGCUCGGCAUUGGCUGUGGGUCACCUGAGCGCGGCGGUGGUCUGCGCACCUCUGCCGGAAGAGAGUGUCUUGGAAGUGGGCGUCCCGGCCAGAGCGCACCUGGCGCGGGGCGUCCUUGGGGCUCCUCGCCGUCGGCGCCACGCGAGCUGGCGGGGGUCUACGGAGCCAGCGCCCGGCUGCUGGGAACGACCCGUUCCGUGGGUCCCUGGCACCCCAGCGGCAUCCGAGCGCGGAGCGGAGGGCUGCGGACCGCAGGGGAGUCGGGCGACCAGAGGUCCGAGGCUUAG